UAAGAUGAGGGCCAUCUUCACCUUAUCAUCAAAUACUUUAAUAUAUUUUUAAUCUCUUAAAGUUUAGUCAUAGCUAUUUUUCAAACAUAAUUUUCAAUAAGUCAAGAGAAGAAAAAUGAUGGUUUAUAGCCAUCAUAUUUGAAUGUCUUCUUGUUUGUAUUUUGCAAUGUCAACGUCAUAGCAAGACCUUUAUAUGUUGAGGCAGUAGGGAGACUAAUACCAUCGCCAGCCUAGGAAGGAAGGAAGGAGAAAGAUAGCCAGCCGCCGUCAUGACGACCGCUCUCGCCCAACUCCCCUCGUCUGCAAAAAGACUUGAAGGGAAGGUUGCAGUGAUCACCGGCGGGGCCAGCGGCAUCGGAGAGUCCACCGCCAAACUGUUCGUCCGCUACGGCGCCCGAGUCGUCAUCGCGGACAUCCAAGACGACAAAGGCCGCGCCCUCUGCGACCUUCUCGGCACCGCCGAUGCCUGCUACGUGCACUGCGACGUCACCGACGAGUCCGACAUGAGGAACGCCGUCGACACCGCCGUCGCCCGUUUCGGGAAGCUCGACAUCAUGUUCAGUAACGCAGGCACCUUGCGGGAGUUCGGGAAGGGCCUCGCCGACAGCGACAAGGCGGAGUUCGAGCGGGUGAUGGCGGUCAACGUGGUGGGGGCGUUCCUGGCGACGAAGCACGCGGCGCGGGUGAUGGCGCCGGCUCGCCGGGGGAGCAUCGUGAUCACGGGGAGCACAGCGUCGGUGCUGGGCGGGGUGGUGCCGCUCUCGUACGUCUGCUCGAAGCACGCGGUGGUGGGGCUGAUGAAGAGCGCGGCGGCGGAGCUGGGGGCGCACGGGGUGCGGGUGAACUGCGUGUCACCGCACGGGGUGAUGACUCCGCUGAUGAUGGGCGUGAUGGGGAUGGAUGAGGCGGCGACGGAGGCGUUUGUGGAGAGGUCGGCCAACCUCAAGGGGGUGAAGGCGACGGCGGAGGAUGUGGCGGAGGCGGUGGCGUACUUGGGAGGCGACGAGUCGAGGUACGUGAGCGGCGCCAACCUGAUGGUGGACGGAGGCUACAGUGUUACCAAGGGAUGAGCUUACAGUAGCCACAAAACUAUUCCAAAAAAAUAAUCACCACAAAAGAAAAUAAAACAUUUCGGAAAUAAACAUAAAAUUAAAAAGCAAGAAUGCAUGAACUACUAUUUAUUUCUCAUGUCAAUUGACUGGUCUUCAAGCUGCAUGCUUACGAUGAA